AUGGAAGCUGAAAAGGCAUCAAAAAAAGGAAUGAACUCAACCGAUGUGUCUGGGUCUCUGAAGAAUAGUUUUGAUGCAGGAAAGGUUAGUGCUGCCAGAAAUUCCAGACGAAAUGGUAUUAGGGGCAUGUCUCAGCCUAAAAUGAGGAACAUCUUGAUGGAAAAGGCUCAGAAGGAGAUUUGUAAGAAACUUCAUGGUGGAAGGAGAGUCUUAGAAAGCUUGAUGAGUGGAAGUGUGAAGCCUGGUCCAAAAGAAAUUGUUGAUUCUGAAACCAACAACAACUAUAUCACUGCUGAUUCAGAGGAACCUCUUUCUGUCUCAAUGAGUGUUCCAGACCCAGAUUUCCAUGACUUUGAUGCGAACCGAAUUGAGGACACUUUUGGUGAGAACCAAGUGCGGGCUGCAUAUGACGAUGAAGAUGGCAUGGCAUGCUACUAUGCCUUUAUCCAGUGUGAUAUCAAAGAAUCCAUUCCAAGUGAAGAUAACCUGGCUGAGCUCUAA